AUGGCCAAAUUUCCAUCGUUAAUCUUUCGCCUGCCGCCGUCGUCUCCACCUUCGUCCGGCGAAGUUGAAGCAGAGGGGGAGAAGCAAGCCGACGUUUGUGCCCAAAACAACCUCCUUUCCCUUCCCGACGAUCUUCUCUGCAAGAUUCUCUUGAACGUCCCUGCUCAAGACAUUUAUUGCAGGGUAAGCCGUGUCUGCCGUACCCUGUACUACCACACGAUCGGCUCCGAGGAAUUCAUAAACCUCCACCUCCGCCAAACUGACCAAUACGGCCUCUUUUUCCGAUAUGCCCCAACACGUAAUGAUCAACAUUCCUCCCCACGCCCCGUUUUCUUGUCUAUGAAACAGGGUCGUGUCACGGUAUCCGAUUACUACUCUUACGAAUCCAGAUUUACCUUACGGAGUAGCUGCAGCGGCCUCAUCCUCGAGUACGACUUUUACACACGAAUGUCCAAAGUCCACGUGGCCAACCCUGUCGCGGGACGACCCUUCCAACUCCCUCCGCUCCCCAAAUAUGCAAAGUGUAUGCAUUGUUGCGUGGGGUGCGCGGAGGCCUCAAAGGCGUAUAAGGUGGUCUUGGCAUACUAUGAUGAGGGAUGGGACCUGAGGCGGGCCAUAUUCACCGUGGGUGUCGACAAGUCAUGGAGGCAUCUUGCAACCGAGCAUUUGACAGAACUUAUGACAGGGAACCUGUUGGUGACAGAGGGUUUUAUUCAUUCGAUUUUUGGAGACACUGUUCGGACGCUGAAUGUGGAGACGGAGGUUAUGACGGAGAUGAGGGCCCCAAUGUCCGAGUAUGCUAAGCACAAGAAGCGGUACCUGUCAACGGGGAAGUCCCUCACUCUAGUGGUUGAAGUUGAGCAUCGAGUGUUUCGAGUUUGGGAGAUGGUGUACAGGGAUUAUUAUUAUCAUUAUUGGAGGGAAUGGGAACGUGAUAUCGUGUUGGGAAGUGAAAUUCAAUAUUUGUUUAGUAUUCAGCCGAUCGGUUGGUUGCAGCAGAUGGAGGUGUUGGUGUUUAAAGGGUUGUUGUUUUCUACGUGGUUAUUGCUACCGGGGAAAUCGGAUGGAUCAACCCCAUAUCAUCCAGAGCUUUGCACGGGCAGCCAGCAUCUUCUGCCGACGACUGAAGCAUUUUUAUGGACGUAA